AUGAAUCAACUCCACAUGAGCAUUGCCGCAGACUCCACUAGAGAUUUCCAGGGCCACUACAGGGGCAUUAUAUCAAUGGACUUCAACGCAGUCAUGGAACUUCCGAAAGUCCCAACGCCAUCUUCCGUGGCCGAGUACGUUAUAUCAGUUCUUCAAGCCUCCGAAAACACACCCUACAUUGGAGAACCUAUAUCUCAACUCCAGCAUUCUCUCCAAUGCGCUGCUCAAGCUGCCUCUGCAUCACCACCAGUGGACGAAGCCACACAAGUUGCCGCAUUGCUCCACGAUAUUGGGCAGUAUGCACCCGCCAAAGACCUUCGUAAACUCACCGGAGGAGAAGCCGAGAACCUCGGCGGACAAGCAACAUGCACAAGUGUAGGGAGAGUCGGGCACGAGACAUUGGGUGCACAAUUUGUUCUUGCGCUCGGGUUUUCUGAGAAAGUUGCUCGCCUUGUGGAAUCACAUGUUGCUGCUAAGCGGUAUUUGUGCGCAGUGGAUAAAACGUACUUGAACAGGCUUUCCGAUGCAAGCAAGAAGAGUCUUGCUUAUCAGGGUGGACCGAUGAGUGAUGAUGAGAGGGAUGAGUUUAGUUCCGAUAAGUGGUGUGAGGAAAUGUGCCAAUUGAGGGUAUGGGACGAUGAAGCCAAGAUCGAGGGCCUUAAGGUCAGGGACUUGGAGAGCUGGAGACCAGCAUUGGAACGGCAGCUAGAAGGAAGACAGGGCAACAUGAUAUAG